UCACCUCAGUGUUCGAGUCACUCAUUCACACCGAAAAAGCAAAAAAGGAAAUCACUCAGCGCCACUCAUUCCCAAAAGUAUCAGUGAUCCAAGCCAAGCCCCAGAGAAUUCCAAUCAUUACAUUACAAACUGAAAAAGAGUUUAGCUCAUUGUUCAAGUCUUCUAUUUCAGUAUUCCUCCCUGAAUUCCCUUUCACCUGGCAACAAGUGACGAGCAAAAGAUCAAGUUACAAAUGCAUUAGAUUUGCCUUUCAUGUUCUUGUUCGUGAUUGUGGCAAAGAAGUGAACAACUACAGACCUCACAUUUCAAUUGUUGAAUUUAUAAAUCAAAAAGCUGCAAACAGACGGAGUUUGUGAUGGCUUUGCCAAAAUGUUAAAAACAAAAGAGAGUUGAAAUAAACGUGGAAAGGUUGGUGCUGUACUGUUGGUACAUUUCAGACGCUCCCAUAAUUGAAUCAAAUCAUCAGACUGAAACGGUGUGGGACUAAGAAGCAAUAAUUGAAAAGACUCACUCACUGUUGGAAUCACUCAUUCCCACCCAAAAAGAAAAAAGCCAAGUUAGCCAAAGCCGCAGAGAGUUUCGCUCAUUACAAACUGGAAGAGAGUUUAGCUCACUUGGGAACAGUCUUCUGAUUUCCAGUACUCCUCCCCGAGUUCCGGCCAGAUCUGACAACAAGUGACCAGCAAAAGAUCAAAGCUUUGUUGUGUGGGUUGGGACUUGGGAAUUGCAGCUUGUUUCGUUGCAUCAACGAACUUUAGUUUUACUUUGAUUGCUCUACUUCUCCAACCAGAAAAGCAAAAAGCCUACUAAAUAAUAGGAAUGGAGUCAAUUCUUUCAAAAAUUGCCGAGUACACAAUUGAACCCAUUGGACGCCUACUCGGACGCCAAGUGGGUUAUGUAAUAUACUGCAGAACCAACCUUCAAAAGCUACAAGCUCAAGUGGAAGAAUUGAAAGCUGCCAGAGAAGCGAUAGAGAAUAAAGUUGCGGAAGCUGAAACAAAAGGGGAAAAGAUUCAACCUGAUGUCCAGUUGUGGCUGACAAAAGUGGGCGAGAUCACUACAAGGACAGACAAAUUGUUGAACGAGGAAAGCCAAACAAAGCUGAAAUGUCUCCAUGGCUUUUGUCCUGAUCUGACAGUCCGUCAUCAGCUUAGCAGGGAAUCAACAAAGUUGGCAGAGGAGGUUGUCAAACACCAUGAAAAAAGAGGAUUAAUUUCCGAAGUUUCAGGUGGUAUUCUUCGGAAGGAGGUGUGGGGUGUAACUACUGGAGAUUACCAGGCUUUUCAAUCAAGGAUGUCAAUUGUGAAGGAAAUCAUGGACGGUCUGAAAGACUCUGAUAUUCAGAGGAUGGGGGUGUGUGGAAUUGGUGGAGUGGGUAAAACCACACUGGUCAAAGAAGUUUACAAGCAAGCUUCAGAGGAUAAAAAGUUAUUUGAUAAUGUGGUAAUCCUAUUAGAUGUGAAGAAGGAGCCAAACCUUGAAGCAAUUCAAAAGAAAAUUGUUGAGCAGUUGAGCAUGAACAUUCUUCCAGAUGAAACUUUAGUCGGAAGAGCCAGUCGUCUCUGCGCCAGGAUACAGGGCAAAAAGGUUCUUGUGAUUCUGGAUGAUGUUCAAGAAAAAAUUGAUUUGGAGGUUGUGGGACUUCCUCGUCUACCAACUUGUAAAAUUUUGGUGACAUGCAGAACUCGGGAAGUUUUAUCUUUCGAUGAGAUGCGCGCUGAAAAAGUUUUUCAGCUUGACCUUUUAGUUAAAGAAGAGACGUGGAGUUUGUUUAUGAGGAUGGCAGGAGACGUUGUUGAACACAAUGGUCGUGUACGAGAUGUAGCAAUCCAAAUAGCCGAAAAAUGUGGAGGUUUGCCGUUAUUAGUCGUCACAGUUGCAAGUGCUCUAAAAGAGAAAAAGAAAUUACAAGCAUGGAAAGAUGCCUUAAGACGACUUAAAAGUUUUGACAAAGAAGAGUCGACAAAGAAGGCAUAUUUGGCUCUGGAGUGGAGUUACGAUCAACUGGAUGAUAAGGAGCUUAAACCGAUAUUCUUGCUCUGCGGAAUGAUAGUGGCGCAGAACCAUAUUUGUUUGCAAGACGUGCUGAAAUAUGGUAUGGGUUUAGACUUGUUUAAAAACAUCUCUACGGUGGAAGAAGCACAAGAUUCCAUGGAUACAUUGAUAGAAAAACUGAAAGAUUCUUGCUUGUUGCUAGACAGUGAUACUGAGGGAUAUGUCAGAAUGCAUGAUCUUGUAUGUGAUGUUGCUAAAUGGAUCGCACGCAGAGAUCAAUACAUAUUAUCAGUAGAAUAUGGAGGUGAGUUCAAGGAAUGGCCAGCAAAGGAUUUCUUGAAAAAGUGCACUAUAAUCUCUCUCCCAUGCAGCAAUAUUCCCACACUUUCUGAAAUACCUUUGGAAUGCCCAAAACUAGAAAUGUUUUUGUUGUACAGUAAAGAUGAUUCGGUGGUAAUCCCAUCGAACUUUUUUAGUGAGAUGCAGAAACUCAAGGUGCUGGAUUUAACCAACAUGUGUAUGCCAUCAUUGCCGUUAUCUCUUCAAUACUUGAAGACGCUUCAAACGUUGUGCUUAGAUCAAUGCACGCUGGGAGAUAUAACUCUACUCGGGCAGCUAAGUAGCUUAGAAAUUCUUAGCCUUUUAAAAUCCGAUGUCAAAGAAUUGCCUAGAGAAAUAGGGCAAUUGACUCGUCUUCGGUUGUUGGAUUUAUCUGAGUGUGCUCAACUUGAAGUGAUCUCACCUACUGUCAUAUCAAGCUUGAUGAGAUUGGAAGAUUUGAGAAUGAGAAAUAGCUUUAACAAAUGGGAGGUUGAAGGUGAAAAUAGUAAUGCAAGCUUGUCUGAGCUAAAGCACUUGUCUCAGAUAUCCGCGUUAGAAAUACAUAUUCCGAAUGCUGACAUUCUUCCAGCAAACUUGUUCUCCCACAAGUUAGAGAGAUGUAAUAUUUUUAUUGGAGAUGCAUGGGAUAUGAUGGCUGCAACGAGCCUUAACACACUGAAACUCAAGCUCACUAACAACAGUAUUUUGGGAUUGGAUGAAGGCCUAAAAUCGUUGCUGAAGAGAACUGAGGACUUGUCCAUAGAUGAGAGUGUUGUUAAUAUUGUCCAGCAAUUGCAUACCAAAGAUCUUGAGAAUGUGAAACAUCUCCGACUCCAAAACAUCUUUGCCUCUACAGAUAUCAUUAAUAGAAAGGUUGUAUUCCCCAACUUAGCAACCUUGUGGGUGCAUGGAUGUGAUAAUUUAAAAGUUUUGUUCUCAUUUUCCACGGCUAAAAGUCUUGAACAACUCACACAUCUAGAGAUAUCCGCAUGUAAACUCCUGCAAGAGAUUGUAUCAUCAACAAGAGAAGGCAGUGAAGACAAUAUGGAUGACAUGUUUUUUAAACUUAAAGUUUUGAAGCUUGAAGAACUUCCAAACCUCGCUAGAUUCAGCACAGAAAAUUAUAUUGAGUUUCCGUCGUUGGAAGAACUGGAGGUAAAGUGUUGUGAUAAUCUGGGGGUAAUCAUUGGUGAUAAAGUUUCUAUGAGUGGUAAAGACACUAAAAGCUGCAAAGAAAUUGAACAGAGGUUCUUGGAAGAGGAAGAGAACCUUGAAGUCAAGAGCGAGAUUGUUGUGAAAUACUUCCUCUUUCACGAAAAGGUUGUCUUCCCCAACUUAGCAACCUUGUCAGUGCAUGGAUGUGAUAAUUUAAAACUUUUGUUCUCAUCUUCCAUGGCUAAAAGUCUUGUACAACUCACACAUCUAGAGAUAUCCGCUUGUAAACUCCUGCAAGAGAUUGUAUCAUCAACAAGAGAAGGCGGUGAAGACAAUAUUGAUGACAUGUUUCCUAAACUUGAAGUUUUGAAGCUUAAAGCACUUCCAAACCUCGCUAGAUUCAGCACAGGAAAUUAUAUUGAGUUUCCGUCAUUGGAAGAAUUGGAGGUAAAUGGCUGUGAUAAUCUGGGGGCAAUCAUUGGUGAUAAAGUUUCUUUGAGUAGUGAGGACACUAGAAGAUGCAAAGAAGAUGAACAGAUGGUCUUGAAGGAGGAAGAGAACCUUGAAGUCAAGAGUGAGUCCGUUGUAAAAUACUCCCUCUUUAAUGAAAAGGUGGGAUUUCCUAUCUUGGAAAGAUUGAGCAUCAAAGGGAUAAGGGAGUUGAAGGCGAUAUGGCACGUCCAACUAUCUCAAAAUUCUUUUUGGAAACUCAAAAAAGUUGAGGUUCGGGAAUGUGACAAUCUAAUAAGUUUGUUUCCGCCUAGUGUCAUGAAAAGAUUAAAUGUGCUGGAAACCUUGAAGAUAUGGAAGUGCAAAUCACUAGAAGUGGUAUGUGAGGAAAUUGUUGUUACAGAAGAGGAACAAGAAGUUGUAGAAACAACACCUCCUCUAUUUGUAUUUCCAAAAAUAACAUCCGUGGAGUUGGGGAAUCUACCUCAACUUAGUUGCUUAAAUGCUUCACAGUGGCCAUCACUCAAACAAUUGAGGGCAGAGGGAUGUGAUGAAGUGGGAAUUUUUGCCACAGAAUUUUCUCACUUUGGAAAGAAAUAUGAGAUGGAACCUCUAAUGACGCCUCAAAAGCCUUUAUUUCUAACCGACAAGCAUUCAUUCCUCAACUUGGAAGACUUAACAUUGAAUGACAUGGAAAUUUGGAAUGGGCCACCCCCAGCGGAUCAGUUGGUGUUUGGCAAAUUAAAAUCAAUCAGCUUUUAUGGGAAUUGUGCACCUUUCUCCAAGCAAGCUUCGGUCCUUUUUCUCCAGAGAUUACAAAAUCUUGAAGAAAUUGAAAUGCGAUACAAUUCUUACGAAAGAAUUAGUGGUUGCACUACUAGGGAAGAAAUACAUGAUGAUGCAGUUGGGAGUGGGACCCUCCCUUAUGUAAGGAGUUUGACGCUGCGCGGUAUGGACCAAUUGAUGGAUCUAGAGAACGACAACUCCCAAUCACUACUUUUUCCAAAUUUGGAAACCCUUAUGCUGUGGUUUUGUUCCAGAUUAAAAAGUAUAGAGUCAUCCGCAAUAUCCUUCCGGAAUCUUACAACUUUGACCGUAUGGCGUUGUGAUGGAUUUGAAUAUAUAACAAGUUAUUCAGUGGCUAAAAGAUUAGUGCAACUCAAAACAUUGACGGUGGCCUUCUGUCAAAGUGUUGUAGUGAUAGUGGCAAGCAAUGUGGGAGACGAUGAUGCUGAUGAUGCCCCUGGAAAUGAGAUUGUUUUCAGCCACUUGCAAGAUUUGAGUCUAAUUAAUCUACCAAGGCUACAAGGCUUUUCCUCCGAAAAUUGCAGAGUCAAAUUCCCAUCCUCCGUGACCUUAUAUGUAUCUAUGUGCCCGAUCAAGUUGAAGAUUUCCCCUGAUGGGGUCCUCCUAAGAGUAAUAGAGGAUCAAUGUGAGCAAAAAGGAGAUGAUGACAUUGACAAUGAUGAUGAUGAUCAACAGAAAAAUGAUGUUGAAUCAGCUCGGAGAACUCCUAAAAUAUCAUCAGAAGAGCCUGCUCUCUAGAUGCUUCAACAGUACCCAUUUCAAAAUUGAUGCAGUCCUCGGCACCCUUGAUGUGCGUAGCUGCUGAUCUUAAUCUCGUUCAAGCUAUGCCGGUCCUGCUGAUCGGCACAUAUUGCUUGCGCAUAUGCAUAAAGUAGUUUGAUUUUUAAGUGAUUUGUAAAUAUAAGUCUGAUUUUCUCCCUCAUAGAGCAGUGUGAUGGUUAUCAGAGCUCUGCUCUUCCAGAGUGUGCCUCUGGUCCUGCCCAGCUUAGACAGUGAGACACUCGGUGAUUGAUCCUUGGGACUCCUCUCUUGUUCGGAUUGCGCUUUUUCUUUAUGUUUCUUUGCUUUGUGUGCGUGCUUGCACUGUUUUCACUGCUUCUAGUGUUGUAUUUGGUGCUUCAAUUCUUUGUAUUAUGUCUUACUGAUAGAUGAAGUAUUUUACACUAAAUAUUGAGUAGACUUUUCUCCUCU